UACAGACAGAGGGAGAGGGACAAAGUGGACAGCUCCCUCUUCUGCUCCACCUUUGCUGCGAUAAAUCAAAGGGGCUGGAGCCGCUGGACAAUGCGCUCGGACAUGGGGCUCGGAAAGGCGAAGCUGCUCCUGUGGGCCAGGAUGUUCGUGCUCUGGGGCAUGCCUAACCUUCCUCUCAGUGUGGUAUCUGGGGAAAUUCUGGGGUCUUCCCCUCCGAGACUUCUUGGAAGAGAAUUCAUCACGGCCUUCAUGCAGAAUGGCUUACAACAAACACUCAACAGUGACUUCCAGCUACUCAUCACAGGCUAUGCCCCGACCACAUCGAUCACCAUCUCCAUGAAGAAGCCAGCACUCAGGGUGUCUCUCCAGGUGAAUGCUGGCCAGACUGCAACGGUGAUAAUCCCACCCAAUGCUGAGAUGGUAGGGGCCAAAGUCUUCGACAACACAGUCGUUGUCCAGGCUGACUAUGAUGUCUCCGUCCUCUCUCUCAACUCCAAACCCAACUCGGCCGACACCACCCCCGUCUACCCAGUGCAGAGUUUGGGAAUGGAAUAUUAUGUUGUCACGCCGACCAUGAGAAUGGAUCGCUAUGGAGAGGUUGCCAUUGUGGCCUGGGAGGGCCCCACGACAGUUGAUGUGUACCUGAAAGGGGCUGUCAUUUUCCAAGGAAAGACGCACCUCGGAGGGAGCAGGCUUACCAUCAAGCUGGAGGCAAACCAGGCUGUCCAGCUGCAGAGCCCAGUGGACAUAUCCGGCACAAAAAUCAUUUCCCAGAAGCCUGUGGCUGUCUACGUUGGACACACCUGUGUGACAAGAUCCAUCCAGUGUGACCACGUGUCUGAGCAGCUCCUGCCUGUCUCCAACUGGGGGACCACCUUCAUCGUGCCCCCGUUGUCCUUUGAGAUGCAGUCUGAUAUUGUCUAUGUCUCCACCUCCCAAGCAACUGAGGUGGAAGUUCAAGUUGGGAUGAGCAAGAGCAGUAGGGAGCUGCUAGCUGCGAAGGCUGUGCAGUACAGAAUCCCUAGCUCCAAUGCCUUAUACUUCUCCGCUAGCGCUGGGAUCCAAGUCAUCUUCUUCUGCGAUGGUGGGACCAAAGGAAACAUCAGAUACAACCCAUUCUUCAUGGCCAUCCCAGCCGUCUCAAGCUACUGCCAGUCCUAUCACAUCUACGGGCUCAAAGAGUUUGAGAACUACGCACUGAUCAUCGCCAAGACAUCGGAGUCCGCAGGGGUCACCGUCAAUAAGAGACCACUGCGCAAUGUCCUGUGGAGGCCAGUUGCAGGCACAGAAUACUCUUGGGCUGAAUACAGCCUUGGCAAAGGGUUCCAGGUCCAUAACGUGGAGCACGCCAGCUCCCCCUUCGGCCUGCUGAGCGUUGGGAUCGGAAACCAGAAGGCGUAUGGCUCCCCAGCCAUUUGUGCCAGUGAUCCAUGCAGAACAGUGAAUUGCCGGGAGAAGGAAACAUGCAGGAUUAAGAACGGCCAGGCAAUAUGCUUCCAUGACUACAUGGGAACCUGCCAGGGGUCCCUGACCUCCCAGUACUAUACCUUUGAUGGUCUGACCAUGGACAUCCAAGACACCUGCACCUAUACCAUAGCCAAGUACUGUGGCCGUGACCCCACCCUGGAGCCCUUCACCAUCAAGGAGAAGAACAGCAACACGGGGAAACAGGACAGUUCCAACCUUGGGUUGACCACCAUCCACGUCUAUGGCUACAACAUCUCCAUCUACAAGAGAGAGAGUGGAGAAGUCAGAUUAAACGACAAGAGCGUCAGCCUGCCGGUCACCCUGGAAGCUGGGAAAAUCAAGCUCUCCCAGAGCGAGAGACGUCCCACCCUGAAGACGGAUUUCGGGCUCCAGGUGGGGUAUGACAGCGACUGGGCUGUGAUCGUGACUCUCGCCAGCAGCUAUUUUGGGAGCACUUGUGGGCUGUGUGGGAACUUCAAUGGUGACAGUGACGACGAAGAGACGCUCUCCAACGGCACCAAAGCCUCUUCCGUCCUGGCCUGGGUUGGUAGCUGGAGAGUGGAGGACUCAGACCCCGCCUGCAGGGAUUCCUGCCAGGGGAAAUGUCCGGUGUGUGAGGAGAGCAAGAGGCAGCUCUACGGGGGGGACAGUCACUGCGGGGGGAUCAGCAAAGCGAUAGGAGGGCCCUUCAGAGAGUGUCACCCCAGGGUGAGCCCUGACGAGUUCUUCCACAGCUGCGUCUACAACGUGUGUCUGAAUGAGGGCGACAAGAGCAUCCUGUGCCAGGCGCUGGAGGCCUACGCGGACGCCUGCCGGGAGCACGCGGUCACUGUCUACGACUGGAGGACGCCCUCCGGCUGUGCCCUGCCCUGCCCUGAGAACAGCCACUACGAGGCCUGUGGGAACGCCUGCCCAGCCAGCUGCUCCAACCGAACUGCCCCCUCCUCCUGUCGGGAGCCCUGUGUGGAGACCUGCCAGUGUGACGACGGUUACGUCCUCAGUGCUGGCCAGUGCGUCCCUGUGGGGAGCUGCGGAUGUGACUACAAUGGCCGAUAUUACAAACCCAAGGAGGAGUUCUGGGCCGAUGAGAACUGCCGCUCUCGGUGCAGAUGUGACCCCAGCCUGGGCACGGUGGUUUGCCAGGAAACCAGCUGCAAGAGCAAUGAAAGAUGCGUCAUUGUGAACGGUGCCCACCGAUGUAAGGCAACUACCUACUCCACCUGCAUAGGUACUGGAGACCCUCACUACACCACCUUCGAUGGGAAGAAGUAUGAUUUCCAAGGCACCUGCAUCUACCAGUUCGCGGCUCUCUGCUCCGAGGACCCCACACUCACCCCGUUCAACGUCAAAGUGGAGAAUAACAACCGAGGCAGUAAGGCCGUGUCCUUCACCAAAACAGUGACCUUAGUGGUCUACAAUGUGACCAUCAGCAUGAGCCAGGAUCAUCCACGCAAGAUGCAGGUGGAUGGCGUUUUUGUGGACCUGCCCUUCUCCCACCAGCACAAGUUCAAGGCCUACAUCAGUGGCGUUCAUGGUUUCAUCAAGACCAACUUUGACCUGAGAGUGAGCUUCGACUGGUACAGCUAUGCCAGGGUCAUCAUACCCAAUACGUACGCCAACGCCGUCUGCGGCCUCUGUGGCAAUGCCAAUCAGGACCCCAGCGACGAUCUGACCAUGAAGGAUGGAACUCAGACAUCUGAUGAGAUUCAGUUCGCUGACAGCUGGAAGGUUGGUGAUGUCCCGGGGUGCUCGUCUAGUUGCACCGGGGACUGCUCAGUCUGCAGUGAGGCUCAGAAACAAACCUACAAGGGACAACAGUACUGCGGGAUCCUCACCCGACAGAACGGGCCAUUCAGACAGUGCCACGGGGCCAUUGACCCUGCUCCCUUCUUUGAUGAUUGUGUCUUUGACACCUGCCACUACAAGGGUCAUCGUGACACUCUGUGCAGCGCAAUCAGUGCCUACGUGACGGCCUGCCAGGCCAGGGGCAUCCGGAUAGGGCAGUGGAGAUCGGCCUCAUUCUGCAGCCUCACCUGUCCCCGGAACUCUCACUACGAGUUCUGUGGGAGCAGCUGUCCUGCCACCUGCCACAGUCCCUCGGCUCCGGACAGAUGCGAAGAGCCCUGUGUGGAGGGGUGUUUCUGCGAUGCCGGAUUCAUCUUCAGCGGAGACCGGUGCAUCCCCAUCACGCAAUGCGGCUGUGUGCACCAGGGCAGGUACUACCAGAAGGGAGAGGAGUUCUACACCAGCGCCUCCUGCCAGGAACGGUGCCGGUGCCAAGAAAACGGGGUCGUCAAGUGCCAGGCAGCCUCCUGCAGAGCCAGUGAGGAGUGCAGGGUGGAGAACGGAGUCCUGGGCUGCCACCCCAUGGAGUAUGGAACCUGCGUAGUCUCCGGUGACCCUCACUACGUCUCUUUUGAUGGACGGGCCUUUGACAUCCAGGGCUCCUGCGCUUACACCUUAGCCAAGGUCUGCAGCAGUGACCCCCGGCUGGUGGAAUUCUCCGUGGUGGUUGAGAACGAGAGUGCUGGCGGUGGCCGCGUGGCUCGGACGAGGGCGGUGGUGGUCUCCGUGCAUGGUUACACCAUCUCUCUGGAGAGGGGGAGGAAGUGGAAGGUGGCGGUGGGCGGGGAGCUCUACACCCUCCCACUGACUACGGAUGAUGGGAAACUUCAGAUCAACCAGGAAGGGAACAACAUCAUUGUCCAGUCUGCCUCUGGCCUCCAAGUCUUUUAUGACACUGCCUCCUACCUCCUAGUGUCCGUCCCCAGCACCUACAAGGGACACAUGUGUGGUCUGGCUGGCAAUUUCAAUGGUGACAAAAACGAUGACUUCCUGCUGCCCAAUGGAAAGAGCACCCAAAGUUUGAGCGAGUUUGUCGCCUCCUGGAAGGUGCCUGUUGAUGGUGCCAUGUGCUCCAACGGCUGCGGUGAGAAAUGCCCCACCUGUGAUGGGGCCCAGACAGCACCGUACCAGUCUGAAAGCUCCUGUGGGCUAAUCAGAGCUACCUCAGGUCCCUUCAGAGACUGUCACUCGCUGGUCACCCCGGCCAAGUACUUCAACCACUGUCUCCACGACAUGUGUGCUGCCAACGGGACGGGAGAGACCCUCUGCCAGAGCCUCCAGGCCUACGCAGCCGCGUGCCAGACAGCCGGGGCCAAGAUCAGAGCCUGGAGAACAGCCUCCUUCUGCCCCCUUGCCUGCCCGCUCAACAGCCACUAUGAACUGUGCACCAAGUCCUGUGAUUUCACCUGUGCUGGCUUGUCCGCCCCUGCUCAGUGCACCUGGAAAUGCUUCGAAGGCUGCCAGUGCAACACUGGCUACAUGUUCGAUGGGGAGGGGUGCGUGUCCAUGGACAGGUGCGGCUGCAUACACAAUGGACGCUACAUCAAGUCCAGGGAGAGUGUCAUCUCCAGUGACUGCUCAGAGAAAUGCACUUGCCACCCAUCAGGUGGGCUCAUCUGUGAGAAAAACAGCUGCCCCAUUGGAGAGAUCUGUGUGCUGAGGGAUGGAAUGCAUGGAUGCGUGAAGCAGGAAGGCCGGUGCAUAGUCUCUCUGGGUGCUUACCUCACCACCUUUGAUGGUGCCAAGGGGAAACUUCUCUACAGUGGGAUGUACAAAGUGGCCUCACUCUGUGACGAGAGCUCCCCUGCGUGGUUCAAGGUGGUGGUAGACAUCAGCGAAUGCACCAAAGACGGAAUACCAGCUGGUGCGGCCAUCUUUGUUUUUUUCCGAUACGCUCUUAUCACUGUGAACAAUAACAUGGAGACCUGGGUGAAUGGGCGCUCAGUGCAGCUCCCGGCAAAAGUCUCUGAUGCUGCGUCUGUGAUCAAGUCUCAGGGCGGCGUGGCCGUGGUCCAGGCCUCAGGGAUGCAAGUUCUGUUCAGCCCCAGUGGGGAGGUGACGCUGAGGGUGGGCGAGAGCCUGGCUAACAAGCUGUGCGCACCCUGCGGGAACUUCAAUGGCGACGUCUCCGACGACUUGCGGCUGCCCAGCGGGCAAAUCGUGGGGAACAUCGCCGAGGUCAUCGACGCCUGGAAGGCCAAGGACUUUUUAGGAUGCCACGCUUCUAACGUCGUGCGAGCUGACCUGGAAGCUCCAUUGGUCCCUGCACAUUAGACGGCGCCAGGGUGGGUUUGGCCCAGGAAUUCCCAGUACACAGAGGGCUGGAGACAGCUGGGACUCACCGCGCCGUGCGUGUGGCUGAAACCCUGGGCUGAUGUGUACACAGCUGUGUGAGGGAAUUGGGCGCGCCACUUUCCCAGCUUUGGAUAUCUCAGCCUAGACACGCACACACGCACACGCACACACGCAUUGUAUAGAGCUGUCUACCGUCAGGGUUGAAUUAUCAAAAGCAGCAUAGAGUUGCUUGAAAUUUUUUGGCCGAAACUGCAGAAUUGGUGACACCAAAACGUUCCACAAAUUUGUGUAGAUUUUUGCCAAAUUGCUCAUUAAGAAAAAAUUCCAAGCAAAAAAACAAAGGGCUUUGUCUUGAUGUUUUCAAAAUAAAAUGUUUCAAUUUUAAUUUCAAAAUUUCCUUUUAUUUUAUUUUUUAAAGAUCCCAAAGCAUUUUAAAGAGGUCAAAAUUUAAAUGAAAUGGUUCAUUUGAACCUCAAACAGUUUUUGUUCAACUUUUCAAUGAGCCAAAAAUGACAAAAAGUUGCAUUUUUGGUCCAACCCGGAACAGUUUUCCCCCCCUGACUUUUCAAAAUUGUAAAUGAACCAAAAAAAUCAAUUUUGCCCAUCCCUGUUAGGCUCACAGACUUUAAGGCCAGAAGGGACCAUCAUGAUCAUCUAGUCUGAUCUGCACAUUGCAAGCCACAGAAUCUCAUCCACCAACUCCUGCAGUAGACCCAUAACCUGUGAGUUACUGAUGUCCUUAAAUCAUGAUUUAAAGACUUCAAGUUGCAGAGAACCUACCGUUUACUCUAUUUAGUUUAAGCCAGCAAGUGACCCAUGCCCCAUGCUGCAGAGGAAAGCAAAACAACCCCAGGGUCUCUGCCAAUCUGACAUAGGGACAUAUUCCUUCCCAACCCUAAAUAUGGUGAUCAGUUAGACCAGGGCUGGGCAGAUGGCAGCACACAGGCCAGAUCCGGCCCACCAGACGUUUUAAUAUGGCCCCCGCUCCGGCUCCUAAAUGUUGGCAGCAGCCUGGAGGCUCCACUCGGCACACUACCCCUGCCCCAAGUGCUGUGCCUGCAUCUCCCAUUGGCCAGGAACCGCAGCCAAUGGGAGCUGCAGAGGCGGUGCCUGCAGAUGGGACGGCGUGCAGCGCUGCCUGGCUGCGCCUCCGUGUAGGAGCCAGAGAAGGGACAUGCCGCUGCUUCCCGGAGCUGCCUAAGAUAAGUGCCGCCUGGAGCCUGCACCCCUGAGCCUCCCCCCACGCCCCUACCCCCUGCCCCAGCCCUGAUCCCCCUCCUGCCCUCCAAACCCCUCGGUUCCAGCCCAAAGCACCCUCCUAUACCCCAAACUCCUCAUUCCCAGCCCCACCCCAGAGCCCCCCCACCAAUACCCCAUCCUCCGCCCCAGGCCAGAGCCCCCUCCCGGACCCUGAACUCCUCAUUUCUGACCCCACCCUGAAUCCCACACCCUCAACCAGAGCCCUCACCCCCUCCCACACCCCAACCCCAAUUUUGUGAGUAUUCAUAGCCCGCCGUACAAUUUCUAUUCCCAGAUGUGGCCCUUGGGCCAAAAAGUUUGCCCACCCCUGGGUUAGACCCUGAGCAUGUUGGCAAGAUCCACCAGCCAGACACCUGGGAAAGAAUUUUCUGUAAUAACUCAGAGCCCUCCCCAUGCAGUGUCCCAACGUUGGCCAUUGGGGAUAUUUGGUAAUAGCAGUCAAGCAUGGGCCAUGUACAUCACACCAUCCUCUCCAUAAACUUAUCAAGCUCAGGCUUGAAACCAGUUCAGAUUUUUGCCCCCACUGCUCCCCUUGGGAGGCUGUUCCAGAACUUCUCUCUUCUGAUAGUUAGAAACCUUUGUCUAAUUUCGAGCCUAAACUUGCUGAUGGCCAGUUUAUAUCCCUUUGUUCUUGUGUCCACCUUUUCCCUUAACUGAAAUACUAUUAGCACCCAGCACAAUCAGGUGUGGGGACAUGCUUCCCCGUGGCUCCUUUGCAAAUUCUACCCUGAACGGUUGAAAUGCUGCUUUCUCGUUGUCCAUUUCCAGCCAGCCCUGCUGAUUUGGGGAUAAAGCAAUAAACGUUUUUAUAAACUUU